AUGAAUAAUAACCACCAAACUGGCCACGACUUAGAGCACGGGGUGCCCGACGUUCGUGCCAACAGUAAUGGAGACCAUCCUGGUGUUGACUCAAGCCAGGACACCCCUCGCCUCAAGUACAAGCCCAAACCGCAACAUGCAACACUAAUUGAGCGCCUCCACCACUUCACCUGGUCUUGGUUCGCCUGUACGAUGUCUACGGGCGCCCUCGGUGUUGUCCUUGCCAACACACCUUUUCGCUUUCGGGGCCUAGACGUCAUCGCCAAGAUAGUAUUUGUGGUCGACCUUGUCCUCUUUACCCUCUUUUGUGUCGCCAUCACCUAUCGCUUCACCCGCCGCCCGAUUGUGGCAAUCCGCAAUCUACACCACCCAAAGGAGGCAUUAUUCUUUGGCUCUUUUUGGGUCAGCAUAGCAUUAAUCUUGAACCUGGCGCAGACCUACGGUGUGCCGGUUUGCGGGCCAUGGUUGCCUGUGGCGCUGCGAGUAUGCUUCUGGACAUAUUCUGGAUGUGCGCUAUGCGUGGCCAUAUUUCAAUACACAACAUUAUUUGUGGCAGAAAGACUGCCAGCUGACAGUGCAAUGCCUGCCUGGGUAUUUCCCGUGUAUCCAUUUCUGGUCAUAGGGCCGCUUGCGGGAGUGCUCGUCAAGACCCAACCACCGGAGCAUCAGUUGUCCAUCUGGGUUGGGGCAGUGAUGUUUCAGGGACUUGGAUGGACGGUGACUAUUUUCAUGUACGGAAUCUAUGUCUUGAGGCUGAUGAGCAGCCAGCUGCCGGACCCGAGCUCACGGCCAGGGAUGUUCGUCAGCGUGGGCCCCGCAGGAUACACAAGCGCUGGACUAGUGAGCUUGGGGAAUGUAGCACCAAGCCUGAUUCCAGACGGCUUCUUAUCGGUCAAUACCAUGAAGGUUGGGGAUGUGAUCAAGGUGAUCUCAGCCAUGUCGGGAAUUUUCUUACUUUUAGUAGCAUUUUGGUUCUUUGCAUUAUCCGCACUUGCAGUAGCGGCGGCUGCCCUUAGCAAGAAAGAGAAGAUGGAGUUUACCUUGAACUGGUGGGCGUUUAUAUUUCCAAAUGCCGGGCUAUGUUUGGCUACCAUCAAUGUUGGUAAUGUCUUGCAAAGCGAUGGGAUCAAGGGCGUGACAAGCGCAUUGACUUUGCUCCUCGUUAUUGCGUGGUUGGUGGUUGCUGUAGCAAACAUCAGAGCUGUUAUGAAGGGGAAGAUACUAUGGGAAGGUAGAGAUGAAGAUCAUGGUAUGCGGUUGGAUUAG